AUGGGCUCUUCCGAGGACGAAAAACACUCUGGCGCCGCGCUGGAGGCGCACAUUUCCGGUGUCGACGACCUCAACCCCAAGGACGAUACCGUGCGAGUCGACAUCCAGAGGGAGCAUGAGCUGACCGUCAAGGAGGUUUUUGUCAACCACCCCGCCCUGGUCUUUUGGGCCUUUUACUGGGCCAUGUCCGGAGUUGGCUGGGGUUUCGAUGCUCAGGUCAACGGAGGCAUGCUCUCCGUCAUGCCCUUCCGCCGCGACUUUGGCUACUGGUACAAUGACAAGGACGGCUAUGUGAUCCCCGCCGACUGGCUGAGCGCCUUCAACACCAUCAGCGGCGUUGGCCAGUUCUUUGGCGGCUUCGCCUGCUCAUGGGUCGCCGAUCGCUGGGGUCGCAAGACCGCGCUGCUGGCCGGCAUCGCCGUCGUCACCGGAGGCAUCUUUGGCGAGAUGUUCUCUACCAUCAGGCCCGCCUUCCUCAUUUCCAAGCUCAUCCUCGGCUUCGGCCUGGGCUUCUACCUGACGCUGUCGCCGCUUGCCGCCUCCGAGUGCGCCCCCGUUGCCUUCCGUGGCAUCGCCACUGCUGGCGUGCAGUUCGGCAUCGGCUCCGGCCAGCUGCUGUCCAACGCCGCCAUCAAGGGCUUUGGCGAGCGCACCGACAAGUGGGCCUACCGUGCUCCGUUUGCCAUCCAGCUCUUCUUCUGCCUCUUCCUCUUCGUCUUGCUCCCCUUCGCCCCCGAGACGCCGUGGUAUCUUGCCCGCGCCGGCAAGCGUGAUCAGGCCCUCAAGUCUCUGCAGACCCUCUACGGGUCCGACGUCGACGUCAACGCAAAGCUCGCCACCCUCGAGGCCACCAUUGCCGAGGAGGAAGCCUCCAACUCGGAGCAGGGCUCCUUCAUCCAGUGCUUCAAGGGCACCAACCUCGUCCGAACCUGCAUCAGCAUGGGCGUCUUUGUGUGCCAGCACUUCACCGGCAUCAUCUUCGUCAUGGGCUUUUCCACCUACUUCUUCCAGCUGGCCGGCCUCCCCCAGUCAAAGGCCUUCAACCUCGGCAUUGGCGUCAGCGCUUGCGGGCUGGGCGGCAACAUCGUCAGCUGGAUCGUCAUGAACCGCCUCGGCCGCCGCAGCCUCUUCGUCGGCUGCAUGUGCAUCCUGACCCUCAUCCUCUUCCUCAUCGGCAUCAUGGACGUCGUGCCCACCGGCGCCGCCAAGUGGGUGCAGGCCUCCCUCACCGUCGUCUACGCCUUCUUCUACUACAUCGGCCUCGGCGCCAUGGCCUUUGCCAUCCUGGGAGAGGCCAGCAGCACCUCCCUCCGAGCCCCCACCAUUGCCCUCGCCACGGCCACCCAGGCCAUCAUGGGCAUCAUCUUCAACUUUGCCAUCCCCUACAUGGUCAACCCCGACGAGGCCAACCUCGAGGGCAAAGUCGGCUUCAUCUUUGGCGGCCUGGCCCUCAUCGCCACCGCCUGGAGCUGGUUCUACGUUCCCGAGCUCAAGGGCCGCACCUUUGACGAGAUUGACCGCAUGUUCCAGGCAAAGGUCCCGCCCAGGAAGAUGGGCAGCUACAAGCUGUCUUCUUACUGA